AUGAGAGGGACCCCCCUACCCCUCUGCAAGUGGGGAGGUCGCCGGAAGUCCCCGGGCGCCGCCUGCCCAUAUUUGGUCACACCGCUCCCCGGCCCAUAUUUGGGCAUCCGGCGGUUCCCGGACCCUCUCCAAAUAUGGCGCUUCCGCCGGGCUAGCCUAGGAGGAGAGGAGAGGCGCCGGCUGUUGCCAAUCAUCCGGCGUCGGUGGGGAACUCUGGAGCUCCAGCGCCUUGUCCUGCACCCUCCACCUCCCGGCGCCCCCCCGUACACAGCUCGACUUCCAGUGCUGCGGACCUCGUCCCACCCGGCUACUGACGAGAUCUUUUCCUACAGCCCCGCCCUUUCCAUGUAUUGCCCCAGCCCCGCCCCAGUCACACGGAGGCUCCCGUCCUCUGCCCUGCGGCCAUGGGAUCCUGGCCGCAGCCGCAGAGUAAUUCGGUGCGGGUACCCAGGACUAUGGUGGGGAGCCUUCUGCUGGUCAGACUGGAGGAUGCUGCUGGACCCGAAGGCUCUCCCACUUCCUUCCAUUGGUCGAGUUUAUGAUCGGCUCCCAACUCCUGUCACUUUCUACCGUUGCCUGUGGAAGUCUGUGAAUACAUUCAUGACACUUUCCGAUAACAGCUUGCAGGUCCAACCGCAUUGAUUGCUGAUAAUGAUGGAUGACUACCUUAAACUCCAGGCCUCAAACUUGGACAAGAC